AGGAGUGGUCGGUACAAGUGGCCGAGGAAGGAACGAUUUGCCCACACAGUUGGCUGGCAAUAGGCAAUAGGUGCAGGAGUAGGCCAUUCUGCCCUUCGAGCCAGCACCGCCAUUCAAUGUGAUCAUGGCUGAUCAUCCACAAUCAGUACCCCGUUCCUGCCUUCUCCCCAUAUCCCCUGACUCCGCUAUCUUUAAGAGCCCUAUCCAGCUCUCUCUUGAAAGUAUCCAGAGAACCAGCCUCCACCGCUGAUCACUUUGUGUGUGUGCGUGUGUGUUGGGGGUGGUAGUUUGUGGCUGGCUGCAACUGGCUGCCUUCAUUGUGGUAUAAUACUGACACGUGCUUCCUGAGUGGAAGUCCAGAGACACUUCUGCAACUGAGCGCUAGUCACGCUGAGGGACUAUUACCUGACAUUACAACAGCCGGGACUGUGUUGCUGCCACGGGACUCAUGCGAUGAAUAACUCCAACAUCAGUAAGGCGUGCAACGUGACCUUCAACCAGGGCGCUGUGCCAUUGGCCACCGUCUACAGCCUGGUGCUGAUCUUCGGGCUGCCCACCAACCUGCUGACUCUCACCCUCAGCGCCAUGAAGAUUCGGAGGAAGAACGUGCUGUCGGUCUACCUCUUCACCCUCUCGCUCUCUGACCUGAUCUACCUGGCCACCAUCCCCUGGUGGAUCACCUACAUCAGGAACUCCAGCCGCUGGAGCCACGGCCAGCUGGCCUGCAGCAUCACUGGCUACAUCUUCUUCAACAACCUGUACAUCAGCAUCCUCCUGCUGUGCUGCAUCUCGGUCGACCGCUGCCUGGUCGUCCUCUACCCCAUCGAGGCGCGGUGGCGGCAUCGCAGGCGGGUGGCCGUGGCGGUCUGCCUCGCCGUCUGGGCCACGGUGAUGCUGGUCCACACCCCCGUCUUCUACCUGUCCAUGGUGCAGAACACGCGGGGCAAGAACGACUCUUGCUUCGAGACCAUCCCCAUGCCCGACAUGGUGGCAAAUUUCAACUACGCUCGCUUCUGCAUUGGCUUCUGCCUCCCCCUCGCCAUCUUGGUGACCACCAACUUCCUGAUCUUCCGCCGCAUCCAGUCCAGCCCCUGCCUGAACACCACCCAGAAGAGGAAAGUCAAGUACCUGGCCCUGGCAGUCAUCCUCAUCUUCCUGGUCUGCUUUGCCCCCUACCACAUCAUCCUGCUUUCCAGGGCUCUGGCGUUCUCCCUGAGCAAGAACAGUUGCUGGUUCGAGGAGCAGAUCUACGGCGUGUCCACCACCUUCCUCUGCCUCUGCACUGUCAACAGCGCCGUCAACCCCUUCCUCUACAUGUUCUCCUCUGAGAGCACCAGGCAGGAGUUGAUACGGGACCUCCGGCUCCUCUUCUUCCUGCCCCUGCCUCGGGAGAGCGGGACGGAGACCUGCUUCCUCAACCACGGCACAGGCUCCAAGAUGUCCUCUAGUCAGAAGAAAGAGGUGACCAGUGACAACAAAUGACCCAGCCGGGACCUCUGACUUACCAAGUCCCCAUGUCAUGUACUUGGAGCAGGCUCGCGAGAAGAUGGUCUACGAGUCGUAAAUCUUAAAUCUCCGCGCCUGCUCAAAUGUUUGAAUACUCACAGAAGGUCAGGAGAUCUGAUCUGAUCCAGGAACUGGGCUGGCAAAGGAUGAGCCACACACCUGGACACACCUGGGUCGUGGACAUUCAUCACCAACUACCGUU